AUGAAAUUCAAAGAACUACCCGGGACCGCCGAACAGGCGGCCCUCAGGUUCCUUCGGUUCGUUCUUCUCGUCUUCUUUGCCUCUGCGCUUAGCUCAGAAGCAGCAGCAGCAGCAGCAGCAGAAUUGGAAGCAGCAGCAGCAGAGAUCACAGCAGCGGAGGCGGAAACAGCGGCGGGAGCAGCUGCAGCAAAAAUGGCAGCAGCAGAAAUGGCAGCAGCAGAAAUGGCAGCAGCAGCAGCUGCAGCCGAACUAGAAGCAGCAGCAGCAGAGCCGCCUCUGAGCUGGGGUGAAGAGUGGGAAGAAGCUGCUGCAGAUUCUGUUCUUCCUUUGGAUGACACAUUUGACCUUUCGGAAUUAAAUGAAAACAAAACAAAUGAGUUCUCCACUCAAGAGACCCGCUACUUGGAAGACCCUCAAAUGAGCAGCAGCAGCAGCAGCAGCAGCAGCAGCGAGAUGGAGGAGGCAACUGGAGGCGCGGAGCCCUCAGCAUACAUGAGCGCAGCACCGAUCCCUGCAUCAGCAGCAGCAGCAGCUGCUGCUGCCGCUGCUCCUGCAGGAGCAGCAGCUUCUCCUCCUCUUCCUGCUGCAGUGGAUGCUGCUGCUCCUCUUGCUGCUGCAGUGGAUGCUGGUGCUCCCCUUCCUGCUGCAGUGGAUGCUGCUGCUCCCCUUCCUGCUGCACUUGCUGUUUCCCUUCCUGCUGAAGCGGCUGCCCCUAUUCCUGCUGCAGCAGCUGCUGCUGCUCUUCCUGCG